UCUCUAACAUGUUUCCCGAGUCGAUAGAAAUAUGGAAGAAAAACCCUCGAGCAAUUUUGGAGUUGAAGAACCUUAGCCAAAUGAUGUUUUAUCGAUGUAGCAGCUUGAAAUACAUUUUUACCUUGUCUAUGCUUUUGAGCCUCAAGCAAUUGGAAAGGAUAAACGUACAAGAAUGCGAUACAAUGGAACAAGUGAUUAGGGAAGACGAGGAGGAAGCAACAACACAUGAGUUCACAUUUACUCGACUCUUCUAUGUAAAAUUGGAGGCGUGUUUCAACUUGACAAAUUUUUAUUUGGGAAGUCGAGCUCUUGAAUUUCCAAAGUUAAGUGAUAUUAGGAUAGUUUGGUGUCCAAAAAUGACAGCAUUUUCUUCUUCAAUUUCAAGAGAGAGUGAAAAGGUGAUUGGCGAGCAAGGCGUGGGAGAUAAUACUACAACUUUAUUCUGCCACAAGGUUGUCAUUCCCAAUUUGAAGCAUCUGACUUUGUCCUCCAUUAACAUUCAUGAGAUAUGGCACCACCCAUCUUCCUUAUCUCUCAAACACUUACGGGUGGAAGGGUGUCACAAUUUGAAAUACCUGUUUCCGUCGUUCUUACUAAAAGAUCUUGUGCUGCUCCGACGUCUUAAAAUUAAAGACUGUAAUGCGAUGGAACAAGUAAUCUUCACGGAUGGAUUGGGUGCAGAAGAUCAAAGGAGGAAUCAUACGAUUUUCUCUAAACUAAAGUUGCUGUCACUGGGAGACCUUCCCAAACUCACAAAUUUCUGCUUUCAAAAUUACUCUGAAUUCCCAUGCUUAAAAAAGCUAACGCUAAAAAAAUGUCCUCUGCUGAAAACUUUCAUCUCUAAAUCUGUAUGUGGAGAUGAACCUCAAAUUCACCAACCUACACAAACAAAUGACUCUGCUGUCCUCAAUGAAAAGGUUGUUUUCCCUCGUCUGGAGAAGUUGCGGAUUCAGAAUUGUGAUUCGUUAGAAGAAAUAAUUGAGCUGCAAGGACUCAUUGCCAAUGAGUCACAGUCAACAUCAGCUACUCGGUCUACUAUGGCAGAAACAGUGACGACCAAGUUUGUAUUUCCCCAUGUAACGCACCUUGGAUUGGGUAAGUUGCCGAGAUUGAAAAGUUUCUUCUCUAGGAUGCAUACCAGCCAAUGGCCAUCCUUGAAACAAAUGGACGUUAUUGAAUGCCCCAAAGCACAGAUAUUUGGUGAGGUUCAAAUCUCAAACCAACAACCCUUGUUUUGCGUCAAUGAGGACACUUUCCCUGUUUUACAAGAUUUAACACUGACGACGAGUGAUAUGAUGAAGGGGAUAUGUGAUGGACAACUCUCAUUGCAGUGUUUCCCAAACCUCAAACUUCUUAACCUCCAAUUCUUUCCUGAGACAUCCACUACUCUUCCAUAUUCCUUCAUUCGCUCACUACCAAAGCUUCAGAAGCUUGUUAUAAACAAUGCUUCCAUUUCUGAAUUAGUCCGGUCUGAAGGACUCGGCCACAAGGAAAGACAUACAUCAGCGUUCUCUCAGUUAAAGGAAUUAAGCUUGUCUGAACUUCCAGAGUUGACAUUAAAGACUUUGUUUGAAGGACUCAUCAAUGAGGAAAGGCACACAUCGGCAUGCUAUCAGUUAGAGGCGUUAAGGUUGUCUCAACUUCCAGAGCUAACGUUAAAGACUAUAGAGCCAUUUUUGUUGUCUUUCAAAAAUCUAUUAAGUAUGGAAGUUUCAAGAUGCCAUGGAUUCAUCAAUCUAAUGGCAUGCUGGACAGCAAAGAGCCUGACGCUACUAGAAAGCCUGAGCAUAGAUGAUUGUGAGAUGAUACAAGAAAUCAUAGCAUGUGAGGGUGAAGAAAUACAAGGCAACAUUGUUUUCCCCAAACUGAAGUAUUUGGAACUAAGUUGUCUGCCAAGUCUAGCAAGCUUUUCCUUGGCGCAUCACUUGUUGGAGUUCCCAGUCUUGCAAAUGGUGAAGGUGAAAAAGUGCCCCAAAAUGAAGAAUUUCUGUCAAGGAGAGUUAAGCACACCAAGGCUGGAACAAGCGCACUUAACAGGAGAUGAGGACGGUGAACUGCAGUGGGAAGGCGAUCUUAACACUAGCAUAAAACAUAUGUUCGAUGAAAUGAGUGUUCAAAAUUCUCAAGCGGUCGAGGUUACUGAUCAGUUGCUCCAAAUGAAAUAAGGAAAUAUGUUGGGGUCCGUGUGAGACAAGCUCAGUUUCAUUUUAAUUCAAACCAAAUGGUUGAGUUGCUCUAUUGGAGUAUGGGGGCGUCCACUUUCCUUUAUUCAGUUUUUGCAAAUCCACUAUUGAACUGUUGCAUUUCACAUUAUAAACCUAAGUGUUGAUUUUGAAGUGCAUCAUGUUUGGCACUGGGAAUUACAAACUUGAAAACUUUUUGUAGUAAGGUUGACCCCAGUUUUACGGAUGCAUUUCAGCCACAUUAUACUUUUUGCUGGUAUUUUUGUAUCAGCUUGGGGGAUUAGACGAUUUAACUAAGAUUGCUACUCAUUUUGGGUGUGCUUGUUUCAUCUUUUUUUGUUCUCUCUAUAAAGAAUAUUAUGUACUUAUUUCAGUAUUUUGAUGAAAAGUUGAAGCUAAUAUCUCUUCAA